ACCAGGUACAGGGCUCAUGGGAAACAUACACCAAGGCCCAGAUCACAGGCCUGGUCAUUUCCAACACCUCCUGCAAUCAGCCCCAGGUGUUGGCUGACUACAGGAGUGAGCUUCUGGCUGCUGAGAGCACCCGCUGAAUCACAUGAUAUGGAGGGGUUCGGAACACCUGAAUCACAUGAUAUGGAGGGGAUUGGAACACCUGAAUCACAUGAUAUGGAGGGGAUUGGAACACCUGAAUCACAUGAUAUGGAGGGGAUUGGAACACCUGAAUCACAUGGUAUGGAGGGGAUUGGAAACACCUGAAUCACAUGGUAUGGAGGGGAUUGGAACACCUGAAUCACAUGAUUGGGAGGGAAUUGGAACAA